AUGUGCUUCUCUCCGCAGCUUCUCGCUGCUGCUUCUCUCCGCGGCUUCUCGCUGCUGCUUCUCUCCGCAGCUUCUCGCUGCUGCUUCCCUCCGCGGCUUCGCGCUGCUGCUUCCCUCCGCUGCUUCCCUCCGCUGCUUCCCUCUGCUGGCUUCUUCUCACUACCGCUUGUCUGCAUCCUUCAUGUUCCAUCUCUCCACUUCCCUUCCUCGACCCCCUCUCGCUCCCGUCCCCCUCCCGUCUCCCUCCCCUCUCCCUUCCCUCUAAAAAAUGGUGAAAUGCGGUCCUCUCUCCCUCCCCUUGCCCUCUCUCUCCUCUCUCCCUCUCCCUCCUUUCUCCCUCUCCUCCUCUCCCUCCCAUCUCCCUCCCCUCUUUACUCUCGCUCCUCUCUCCCUCUCCCUCCCCUCUCCCUCCUCGCUUCCUCUCCCUCCCCUCUCCCUCCCCUCUCCCUCCUCGCUUUCUCUCCCCCCCCUCUCCCUCCUCGCUUCCUCUCGCUCCCCUCACGCUCCUCCUCUCUCCCGAAUGGUCCUUCAUCGAUAUAG